GUCAUGGCCGCUACUCUCCCACCCACACGGCGGCCAUACAGUACCAGCGCCCCACGGGACCCACGAGGUGUGACCCAGGACUGAACACUCGUGACUCUCUCAGCCUCCAUCCUCAAAGCACUUCAGAAUAUCCAGUUUUUCGAAGUGAAAAGCCACCGUUAUAUUCCUCAACUGACUCUGCUGCGAGGAUCCCUCCUGCCUGGCUGUGUAGAAAUGCAGACAAGACAAGGCCGAGACUGUGGCACCGCUGCGUGGCGAUUGGUGACGCUCGACUUCAGGUAGAGGCAACCCAACCAGUCCGAGCUGCAGUGUGUCAAGGUGCUGUGUCCUUCAUGGAUUCCCCAGCAGCUGCGAUAUUCCUCCUGGCUGUCCUCGCCGCCAUUGCCAAUGCUCAAUUAAUACAACGACCGAACAAAGAAGUAUCGAUCAAGAAUGUCCGCAUCCUGUGUAACAGCAACGAUAUCGUCGUCUCCAUCGAAACCAGCACGGCCUUCAACGGCAUGAUCUACCCCAAGGGGCUGUCCAAGAACUCCUCCUGCAUGGCGGAGUUCAAGGAGCAGAUCAGCCCCGUGUUGUACAAGUUGCCUCUCAAAUCGUGCAGCACCAUGAGCUCGGAAAUGGAUGACGGCAUUGAGUACUUCAACACGGUGGUGGUUCAGCCUCACAGGAAGCUCGUCACCAAUCAGGGGCGCGGCUACCACAUCCGCUGCAAGUACCAGACGCAGGAGAAGACUGUCACCAACGCCUUCAACGUCAGCGGAGACUUCGUUACGGACGCUGAAUGGAAGGCGCCAAACGGGUCCAGCUUCGUUGGCACCACGCCGCUGACUGCCACGGCGCCCAUGCCCGGCUGCUACAUGAGGAUCUUCGCCGGAACGCCUGACGAGAAGCUGGUGGCGGAGAACGUGCGCAUUGGUGACCCGCUCACCAUGUCCAUCUCGCUGGACGACCAGGAGAUCUACGGCAUGAAGGUGACGGACUGCCUGGUGCGGGACGGCUUGGGAUGGGGCGAGCAGCUGUUGAUCAACAGUGAAGGAUGCCCUGUCGACUACGAAAUCUUUGGUGCCCUGGAAUACGCCCCGUCCAAGACCUCGGCGACUGUCCGCUUCCAGGCUCACAAGUUCCCUUACAUCUCGUCUGUCUACUACCAGUGCAACGUUAAGCUUUGCAUCAAGAACGCCGGGGGCUGUGACGACGUGCCGCCCCUGUGCGUGGAUGGCGAGAACGUCCUGCGCCGUCGUCGUCGUAGGGACGUGGAAGUGGACGGGAACGGUGACCUGCGUGAAGUGGAGGCCGAGGUGGACGAGAACCUGACUAUUGAGGUUUUCACUGGUCUUUAUGUCAACGAGGACGAGGAGCAAGCGGACUCUGAGGGAUUGUCGGAAACGCAGUCGCCGGUGAAGGAGGAAGUGGAGGACGACCCCAACACCUUCUGCCUUUCCCCCAAGACCUUCGCCAUCGGCAUCGCCAUCGCCGGCCUCAUCCUCAUGAUCGCCGUCAUCGCAUCCAUCCUCAUCCUCAUCUCCCGGCGGCGCAGAAGAAAGGAGGACUCCACCACGGGCUCCUCUAUUUAUUCCAGUCCGUACACCAACACCGCCUACAGCCACUCCUCCUAGAUGGCGGCCGCGCGUGUAGCAAGUUGUGUAGCUUUAUUCUUUUACCCGUAAUUUGUUUGUAAAAUGCGUGAGACUCAAUCCCAAACAUGAACCAGUUGAACUUUGUGAGACUCCUGGGAUUCUGACUCCAAAUUGAAGCGCUUCACGGUACGGUACAUGAAGCAGAUCAGACGUGUUCAAAAACCUGAACGCCUUACGCUCCCCGCCCCGCCCCGCCCCGCCUCUGUGCGUGGUGAUGUCAGCAAGGUGGGCGGACGCGGCUGCCCGGCGAGGGACAGUGGCACCACUUGACCUGAACCAAGGACAAGCUGAGGUUCUCUGAAAAGACAGCUUUUCCACAGACUUGCUGUCCCAGGAAGUCUCCUGUGUGAGGGAUUGGUGUGCUAUCACAUGGAACACCUUUACAAAUGAGGCCUCCAUGUACCACCUCCUUGACACCAGUGAGGGGCUUGUGUCUUAUGGCACAACACAUUCCAUGACUCCUGAGCAGGAAGAACGUGUGACAAAGGAGAGAAGAUGGUAAAGGUACUUGGAUACCUAACACUUGACAUCAGUUGUAAUUUAUGGCACCAAAAUUCCUUGCUGAACUACACAUUUCUGAAGCACCAGAGAACCCAAUGCCUGUGAGUUAAGGCCUUAGUGUUGACAGACAGUUCCAGCUUUCAUCCUCACAGGUGCACUUAAUGGCAGUGACCAAGAAGAGAAUACUCCAGCUUUAGAGGUAUGGCUGAUCCUGGAACCUUCAAGCUCUAGUGGGUUGUAUAUGAAGUCUUGUUGAGAGAGUAAGCUAACAAGCUAAAAAGGCAUCUGACCUGAUGACACGGACAUACUCAUUAGCAGUGAGGUAAUUGUGAAAGUAAGAAAGUUUUUGAAGCAAAGGUUUAUGAUCCCUGGCUAGGUUUGGAGUCCUUGUAAUUUAAUGGUACUGCAAUUAAUAAUUUGGUUAACUGCAAAAAGUCUGUUGCUUCAUGUGUCUAUUUAAAUUACAGUCUGUUGCUUCAUGUGUGUCUACUUAAAUUAGAUCAUUAUACAGGGGCACCAAUUCAUUUCAUAUUGUGUUGAAGACAAAACAGAGUCACUGCCCACCAAGUGAAGACAAAACAGAGUUUACUACCCACCGAGUGAAGACAAAACAGUCACUGCCCGCCAAGUGAAGACAAAACAGUCACUGCCCCCCAAGUGAAGACAAAACAGUCACUGCCCCCCAAGUGAAGACAAAACAGAGUCACUGCCCGCCAAGUGAAGACAAAACAGUCACUGCCCCCAAGUGGAGACAAAACAGUCACUGCCCCCCAAGUGUUGACAAAAGUCACUGUCCACCAAGUGAAGACAAAACAGAGUCACUGCCUGCUAAGUGAUGUACAUACACAUUAUAAAACAAUUACCUUUCUUAUUAUUAUAUUGGAAUAGUACUGUAAUGGCAAUGUUCCAAGAAGCCAUCCCAUCCGUACAAGGACAUCUUAGCUUCUUACAAUUGCUAGUUCACACACACACACGCACACACACACACACACCUCUGCAGAAAGAGGUGGCAACCGAAAGAGCUUACAAGCAUAAAAACAAAAAUGCUCUCUCUCUCUCUCUCUCUCUCUCUCUCUCCAUAGACCCACAGAAUGUCCCCCCACGGUAUGUUUAAAAACCACAGCCUCUCUCUCUCUCUCUCUCUCUCUCUCUCUCUCUCUCUCUCUCUCUCCACAGACACACAGAAUGUCCCCCACAGUAUGUUUAAAAACCACAGCCAGUCAAGGCCUUUUACUAAAAGUAUCAAGCCUUUGUAAGUUUUUGGGUUUAACCUUAAUGUGCCACAAAGAAGACUCUUUUUAACCCCUGAAGCCGGCAAAAAACUAUAGUUUAAUCUAUACAACAUCCAGGAAGGGGAUACACUUUCCAUCACUGUAGUUUGUAGACCUUGUCAUCUGCCAAAUUUAAAUAAAGAUUGCUGUAAUA